AUGUCCGUUCAACACAAAUUCCUGCGCAUUGCAAAUGCCCCAACGACUCCCCCUGAUGAAACUGAGACAUCCGUUGCGCAGGCACUCAUCGAUCUAGAGAAUAACGUUCCUGAACUGAAGACGGAGUUACGCCCUCUUCAAAUAUCAGCUGCACGCGAAGUAGACGUUCGUGGAGGCAAGAAGGCGAUUGUUGUGUUCGUUCCCGUUCCUCAAUUGAAGGCCUUCCACAAAGUUCAGGCCAGACUCACUCGUGAACUUGAGAAGAAGUUCGCAGACCGCCAUGUUGUGUUUAUUGGGCAACGCCGUAUCCUCCGCAAGCCAACCCGUAACUCCCGUACAAAGCAAAAACGUCCGCGCACCAGGACCUUGACGCACGUACACGAGAAGUUGUUGGAGGAUCUCGUCUUCCCGACUGAGAUUGUUGGCAAGCGCACGCGUUUUGCCGUAGACGGCUCGAAACUUCUCAAAGUCUUCCUUGACUCGAAGGAUGCGACGUCGUUGGAGUACAAGUUGGACUCGUUCUCGUCCGUCUAUCGCCGGCUGACUGGGAAGGAUGUUGUGUUUGAGUUCCCUGCAGCUCAGGCAGAAUAG